AUGCUAAGAACACAAAUACGCCGGUACUCCGUGAAGGAUAUACCCUUUGAGGCAGUCCCAAGAAACAGAUACAACCAAUCAAGGUCUGCCUUCAAUUUCAAGCCCAAGGCGACUCCAGGCUUGGUACAUAAUCCAUCCCAUGCAAUUUUCCAGCCCUCCCAACGUACACCCAGAGCCUUCUUACCUCCCAGCGACCCUAGAUUGAAGUUGAAGGAUGUGCUGAGCAUGAGCAGGGAAGACGUGGAAGAGUGUCCUUUGAUCUAUAAUGCUUCACAGAGGGAGUAUGAUUUGACUCCAGAAAUUGUUAGCGAAAUAGUUGAAUUAAGAACUCAAGAUCCAGCCACUUGGACUGUGGGUAAAUUGGCUAAGAAGUUUGGGAUUGAGCAGCACAAGGUGAAUGUGUUGACUGCUACCGUCAGCAAGGAAAGAAAGACUCAACUCGAAGGAGAAUUAAAUGACAUAAAGACCAAAUGGUCUCGUAAUAAGCUCAAGGGUCGGAACGACAGAUCAAAGAGAAAGCAAAUGUGGUUAAGAAAUGAGUUCUAG